AAAUAAUCACUGAAUAACUCGACCUAUGAUUUCGUCUCCAGAAAAAGUGAUAAAAACAAUACUACUUUUGCUAAAUAAACAAAUUUUUCUUCAAGUAUUUAUCACAUAAUAAUAAAUAUUACAUUAAUUAUUAAUGUCUUUCCAAUGAAAUGGAGUGAACAUGAAGUCAAACAAUAGAGGAAACCAUUCCUUAACAAUGAUUUCGCACAUAAUUUUACUGUUAAUUUCGUUUUGUUUUAUUAUAAAUAUCAAUGGAGAUGAAGAAGUGUACAAUUGGGACCCAGAUAUAUACCCCAACCUCACAUCAGACCUCCAGGCUAAAUUCUGUACGGGGUCAUUCCGGAACCCACCAUCGUCUAUAUGCGACCCUGAUCAAAUUCUUCAUAAAACCGAAGCCCUAUUUUUGGACGAAUUGAUUAAUAACGAGAGAAAUGACACGAAAUGUAUUUGCGAUGCGUGUCCGCCGAGUAGACGGGGUCUCAACAUUAAGGUGGCUCUCGUCAAGUUUGUCAGAGUUAUCAGGAAUAUAACAAUAGACCGAUCGGUCGAAAUGUUUGCCGAAAGGACGCGACGGAAGUGGCGUUUCGGCGAAGACUGCAGUAAUGAUGUCCUCAUAUUCUUCGCCGCUUUGGACGACAAGGUUUACGUGUCGAUGGGUUCGAGAGCUCGGAGUGUCAUAAGUGACGCCGAUUUGGAUAAAGUCUUAAGCGAAACAAAAAUUCAUUUUACGAGUCGUUACUAUAAACAGGGCUUGGAAUCGAUAAUCGCAUCGUUUCAGGACCUGUGCCUCGAUUACGAGCCAAAACCCGAUCGAUUGGGUUUGGGUUCAAUCGUACUGAUAGUGCUUUGCAUCGGAAUCGCACUCUUCAUCGUCUUCUUCGCUAUCUUCUGGUUUUGUAUCCGAAGGCAUAACAAUUCAAAGAGGAAUAGCUUUGAAUUCUUUGGCAGUUGGGGUCGCAAUAGAAACAAAGCCAAAGCCCAAUCACAGCCUAAUAUAUCGGACCCUAUUUACAAACCCGUUAAUACCACUGAAAAGCCAGACAUCGGAGAUCAGCCCUAAAGGGGUUCAACACCAGUGCUUAAUCUAUAGACGCCGUGAUUUCAUUACACGCCUCCUAUCUGUCUGUCUGUCCGUCUGUCUCACCUCGUGUUUUGAAUCACUGUAUCAUUCAUUUGUCAUUCACUGUAUUUAAUUUAAUUUGAGAUUUAUAUAAGAAAAUACAUUCUUCCAUAUAAUUGUGAACAAC